AUGUGGAAUCAACCCUUUUCCCUUGCAUACUUUCAUGCAUAAUAACCUAUCUACUAUCCAAUUUAUUACAUGCCUAUCGUUUAAGGUUAUGUAGGAUAACAGGAGAUCUACUACCAUAAUCAACCUAUACCUUAGGGAUUAUAAUAGGAAGAAAAGAAUACUGUGGUGGAAAUGCCUAAAUCACCUUCAGACACUUUCCAAUCGAAAAAAUAAGAUAGUCAACAAGAGGAAAAUAAUAGUUCAAUUGUUGUUGCAAAUAAACUGAAAUUAAAAAAUAGAAUGUCAAAAUUUAAUAUGUCGCUAAAGUCAACUAACAUUUAAAAAAAUUAUGCUAAAGCAAUAGCCUAAUACAUUAUCAGAUAGAGGGUCGAAAUAUUAAGGCAAUUAGGUGAAAAAGGUGGUCUUGAAUUUUUAAGAAUUUUAACACAAUUAAAAAAUAGUAUAAAAAACAUCAACCAUAUAAAGAAGCACUUAGUUGAAAACAAUCAGUUAAAGUUAUUCAGAAUUCUAGCUCACAGAUUUCUAAGAAAGGAGGCUAUUGGAUAUGUGUAUAACUCAAAUAUUAAAUCCACAAGUGAUCAUGUUUAAUAGAGAAAUCAAAUAAUUCUAAAUCUCUAGAGUUAUUGAGUAAAGAAGAGUAAAGCAUAUGAAUUUUUUAUAUUAAUUUAUUUAUACAG